UCGGUCCAAUUUGGACACCCAUUUAGGAGGUGCCAAACAGACCCCAUCAUUGAUUUGAGAUCUUGAUAAGGUGAAUACCCAGUCUAUUCAAUGCUAGGCAUAAUGAGUAUAAGGACCUCAAAAAAAUCUCUUUUCGUCAUAUGAACUUUAAGGUGUAUGAAGUUUCAUAUUUGAUUUUUAAGCAGAACGAUAGAGACUUCAUUUAACUUAGGUUGAUCUAGGCCAGAGACAGACCUACGUCAAGAUAAUCCCACCUUUGAAACACUUUGGUAAUGCUCCCAAAUAAUGAAUCAGAGCACAUGGAGCCAUUUCCUUAUCUUUUUUUCUGUCAAGAAAAAAAAUGGCAGACUAACUGAUAUUUAGAUCAGUUAAUGAAGGAGCCCAAUGCAAAAAAAAAAUGCAUGUUGGGUCUUUGAAACAGUUCAGAUCAUUUUAAUAAUAAUAAGUUUGAUCUGUUUUACCGAGAAGGUCUACGGUUCGAGUCCGUAUAGCCCUAUAAAAAUGAAAAAUGCAAAAAAAAAUUGUAUAAUUUGCAUUUCUUCAUUAUUAUUUCUUGCUUGUAACUAAAUGAAAUCCAAUUAUUCCUAUAAGUUUACUCACGGCAAUCGUUUAAGCAGAUGAAAGAAAAAACGCAUAUCAAUGGAUCCAAUAGAUAUUGAUUUUUGCAAUUGCAGAUAAACAAACCAACCUUUCGUCAUUAAUCUUCGGAGGCGAAUUACAUAUUCAUAUCCACAAUAAAAGAAUUAGUGAGACUCCCUUUCUUUUGAUAUCCCCAAUCUUAUUGAAUUUUGGAAGUCAACUCAUUUCACGGGCCUGGUGAAAUGCAAAACUACGAAGAGGAAUUCACAUGGAUUUAGGAAAGGCCUGCUGUAUUUGUGUACAAGCUAAAGUUUUUUGAAAAAUGAAUAUCUUUGGUCACUUUCAUUGUCAAAUAGGCUUUUCCUUCGUAUACCUUACUUACCUCGACCUAGCGAAGCACAACAAAAAAAGGUAGUCUUCUUUUUCUGUAUUCAACCAAGAAAAACCCCUCCACCUGGAUUCGAAUCCUAAUACUAUUAUUAAAUAAUAAUGAAAUAAUAAAUAAUAAUUAAAUAAUAAUAAAAGGAAUAUACCAACACAAGAUCUUCUAAAUCUUGAGAUGGCAAUUCCUAUACAUUCUCUUCUAUUUGAUUACUUGUUCUAUUCUAAAUCACUAAGAAAAAAAUGAAAAUAAAGACCUCCUGAUUCUAUUUAUAGAAAUAAAUAGAAAUCUUUAAAGAAUUUCUAAUUAAAGAAGAAAUAAGAUAAGUAAUUAAUUUCGAAUUCCCCGUCUUUAGAGAAAAAAACAAGAGAAACAGGAGAAUUUGUCGAAGUAUAUAGUUAGAAGGUUCUACUAACUAAAUAAAAUGGAAAUAAGUAUAAUGGAAAUAAAAUCGGAUUCCAGUCGAUGAAUCUUGCAAUGAGAUAUGCCCUACAAUAAACCAAUAAACAAAGCAAACUAGGCGGUUCGACCAAAAUGAAUUCUUGUUUUGACUAAAUAGUUAUGGAUGACUUGACAAUUCCAAUUCGAAUCGACCAAUUGAAUCCGGUAUAUUUUCCACGUUCAUAGGAGUGCGUUUAUGUUUCUGCUUUACGAAUAUGAUUUUUUUUGGGCAUUUCUAAUAAUAUCAAUCCUUGUUCCUAUUUUGGCAUUUUUCAUUUCCGGAGUGUUAGCCCCGAUUAGCAAAGGGCCGGAGAAACUUUCUACUUAUGAGUCGGGUAUAGAACCAAUGGGCGAUGCUUGGUUACAAUUUCGAAUCCGUUAUUAUAUGUUUGCUCUAGUUUUUGUUGUUUUUGAUGUUGAAACGGUUUUUCUUUAUCCAUGGGCAAUGAGUUUCGACGUAUUGGGUGUAUCUGUAUUUAUAGAAGCUUUCAUUUUCGUGCUUAUCUUAAUUAUUGGUUUAGUUUAUGCAUGGCGAAAGGGGGCAUUGGAAUGGUCUUAGCUCCUGAAUAUUCAGACAAUAAAAAGAAAAACGGAAAAAAUAAGAUUGAGACAGUUAUGAAUUCCAUUCAGUUUCCUUUACUUGAUCGAACAGCCCCAAAUUCAGUUAUUUCAACUACAUUAAAUGAUCUUUCAAAUUGGUCAAGACUCUCUAGUUUAUGGCCGCUUCUCUAUGGUACCAGUUGUUGCUUCAUUGAAUUUGCUUCACUAAUAGGCUCACGCUUCGACUUUGAUCGUUAUGGACUCGUACCAAGAUCGAGUCCUAGACAAUCGGAUCUAAUUUUAACAGCCGGAACAGUAACAAUGAAAAUGGCCCCCUCUUUAGUGAGAUUAUAUGAGCAAAUGCCCGAACCAAAAUAUGUUAUUGCUAUGGGAGCCUGUACAAUUACAGGCGGGAUGUUCAGUACCGAUUCUUAUAGUACUGUUCGGGGAGUCGAUAAGCUAAUUCCUGUAGAUGUAUAUUUGCCAGGUUGUCCACCUAAACCGGAAGCGGUUAUAGAUGCUAUAACAAAACUUCGUAAGAAAAUAUCUCGAGAACUCUAUGAAGAUCGAAUUAGGUCUCAACGAGCGAAUCGGUCGCCUGGCGGGCUGUUAGCUAGUGUGUAUCAUCUUACGAGAAUAGAGGAUGAUGUGGAUCAACCAGAAGAGCUAUGCAUAAAAGUAUUUGCCUCCAGGAGGAAUCCUAGAAUUCCGUCUGUUUUCUGGGUUUGGAAAAGCGUGGAUUUUCAAGAACGAGAAUCAUAUGAUAUGUUGGGAAUCUCUUACGAUAAUCAUCCACGCUUGAAACGUAUCUUAAUGCCUGAAAGUUGGAUAGGAUGGCCCUUACGUAAGGAUUAUAUUGCCCCCAAUUUUUAUGAAAUACAAGAUGCUCAUUGAAUGAUAAGAAAGCUAUUUCCACUUAGACAAUUUCAGAUAUUCAAGGAUUGCACGUUUUGUUAUAGAUUAAGCCUAACAACAAAAGACAAUUAGGGAUUCAUUGGAAUUCUCACAUUUAUUUGGAAGAUACUUCUUUCGGAUGGGUCACACCAAUAGGAUGAACCAAAUGAGUUCUGCAUCAUGAACUUUGUACUGCGCACAUUACUUAGACGGGUUCUAGAAAGGCAUAUAGGAAGGAAUGGAGAAAUCUAGAAUAAAGAAAUCGAAUAUGAAAGAAAAGACAAAGAAAUGAGAUAAUAUCGGAUUCUAUUUCUUUGGAUCUGAGCUGAAUCUUGUCUAUUUCAACCCCCCUAGAUUCGGAUUCG